AUGAUGACAGGCCGUGAUAGAGGCUGCCGAGGAGACCGCUGCGCCGGCUACAUCCUGCACUACCUCCUCCGCCUCGAGCCUUUCACGAAGCUAGCCCUCGCGCUUCAGGGGGGUCGGUUCGAUAAGGCCGACCGUCUCUUCCGAGACGUGCGGUCCAGUUGGGAGUCGGCCUCGAGAGAAAACUUGCAGGACGUCCGAGAGCUUACCCCAGAGUUCUUCAACCUCCCGGAGUUCUUGGUAAACUCGAACGGGUUCGACUUUGGGUUCACGCAGAAGGGCCAGGGGGUGCACGACGUCGUGCUCCCUCCGUGGGCGAAGGGCGACCCCGCCGAGUUCAUCAGGCUGCACCGCAAGGCGCUCGAGUCGCCGCACGUCAGCAAGAACCUGCACUCGUGGAUCGGGUUGAUCUUCGGUUGCAAGCAGCGUGGCCCGGAGGCCGUGGAAGCCCAAAACGUGUUCGUCCACCUGACCUACGAAGGAGAGGUCGACAUCGAUUCCAUACAGAUCGCCGGCGUCGGCGUCGGCGCGAUCAUGCUCCCCAAGUCCCCGGACAAGUACCUGCGCUUCGGCGGCCCCAGCCGCGGCGUCUCCUUCUUCCAGACCGCCGGAGGCGGCACCGCUUCCUCUUCCAAGGCCACGCCGGACCGGCUGCUGUCCUCGCACGAGUCGCUGCACCUCACGGCGGUCACGGCCUCGGCUUGCUCGGUGGACGGGAGCCUGCUGCUGACGGGGGCGCUGGACGGGACGUGCCGGCUGUGGAGCGUGGUCACGCUGCAUGGCCGGUCUUCGGGGCUGGGACAGGUGUCGAGGAUGCUGGAUCUGGCGGCCUCUCUGGGUCGGCACGCGGGCCCUGUCACAUGCGCCACCGUGGGCAUGGGCAGCGGGAGCGCGGUAACGGGAGGCGCCGAUGGGAAGGUGCUGGUCUGGGACAUCAGGAGAAAGGUGGGCAAUAUUCCGAAUGAACCGAUCGUGAAUGCUUGCGUGAAGUUCAUUUAG